AUUGUCAUUGCAAUGCAAGUAUGCCAUGAAGCCAUGAUUGUCAUGUCAUGUGCGUGAUGUGCGAAAGUGAAAUGAAAUCAUAAAGCAUAGUAUAUAUAUUUUGUGAUUUGGUUAUCAUUGACGUCCAAAAUCUAAUUAAUACUUCUUCAACCGACUAGUUGUUUCAAUAUAAAAACCAAUCAAAAUGGUGCCGGAGUCGGGUCCUCUUGUGACAACGUCGAAGCGGCGCGUGGUGUACCGGCGGAGCACCUGGGCUGUGCACGAGUUCGAGGUGUGGAGCGGCGAGCUGGUGUGCCGUGUGGCCGCGCUGCGCAUGAAGGGCUCCAUGCUGCUGUGGGUUGGCGGCACGAGCGCGGAGCUGGGAGAGCUGGCUUUAGGUCUACCGGUUUCUGAACGGGGCGCGCUGGCGACGUCGCUGAGUGAGGAGAAAGCUGGCGACGGCGCAGCCGGCCUAGCACGGCGACUAGCACUCGCCUUACAGCGUCCAGUUUGGGUGGCUGCAUCACUGCCCUUUGACCGUUUUUCAGCGCCACUUAUUGCACGUGGACUGGUUAAGGAGAUCAAGAGUCGCCCAGAUUUCUUCAAGGAGCCUUGAAGAUAUGGAAAAUAAGUUGAGUGCUUCAGCACUGUUUUGGGGAGAGAGUGAGACUGUGGGAUGAAAUUGGUGUCUAUAUUAGGAGAGCAUUAAUUGGUCUUUGGUCCAUGGUAGAAGAUAUUGUGAAUAUAUUAUGAACUAAGUGUGAAUUUACAAUUAUCCAUUUUGACUACUGUUGAUUAAUAUAUAUUCAUUAAUUGACUCUUAGCUAGAUGAAUCUCUGACUCAAUAUCUCCAAACCAAAUUAGUGAUAUUCAAACUAUAAAAAAAAAAAAAAUUUCAGCUUUAUAAAAAUGGAAGUGGAGUUGUGGGUUUGUACAAUUUAUUGCUAAGAUUUUAUUUAAAUAUUUUAGUUCACCCAUAGGCUAAGGUCUAAUAAUAAAGUGUAAAAAAUCAAAUUAGAAAAAGACCAAGCCUUCCUGAUCCAAAAUUCAUGUGAUUUUUGCCAUUUUGGCACUGUAGCUAGGUUGAUGUUAUUAUAAAAAAAUAUAUUUAAACUCCUUAUAUAUUUAGGAUGUAUUACAUUGUAGUAUAUUAGAAAGUAAACUAUUUUACUCCAUAUUAAUCUGAUACCAUAUGCACUGUUUAAUGGAUAAUAAAAAUAAUGAAUGAAUACUUAAAUAAA